AUGACGUCAGCCUUUGGCAUUCCAAUUUUAAACCAUGAAUUCCGCAUCUUGAUUGAACUUGGAAGCAACAGCCCACCACAGAGGAACUGGAAGGGAAUAGCAAUUGCAUUGCUGGUGAUUCUAGUUGUAUGUUCACUGAUCACCAUGUCCGUAAUUCUUUUAACACCAGAUACAGAAGUGGUAUAUAAAAACAGGAAUGGACAUGUUAUUAAACUGAAUGUAGAAACAAACACAACUACAUUAUUGCUGGAAAAUGCAACUUUUGUAACUUUCAAAGCAUCCAGAUAUUCAGUAUCUCCAGAUUUAAGAUAUGUUCUCCUUGCUUAUGACAUUAAACAGGUUUUUCAUUAUUCUUAUACAGCUUCAUAUGUGAUAUAUAACAUACAGACAAGGGAAGUUUGGGAGUUAAACCCUCCAGAAGUAGAGGACUCAGUUUUACAGUAUGCAGCAUGGGGUAUACAAGACCAGCAACUGAUUUAUAUAUUUGAAAAUAACAUCUAUUACCAGCCUGAUGUAAAGAGCAGCUCUUUGAGAUUGACAUCUUCUGGGAAAGAAGGAAUUGUUUUUAAUGGAAUUGCAGACUGGUUAUAUGAAGAGGAGCUGCUUCAUUCACACAUUACUCACUGGUGGUCACCUGAUGGAGAGAGGCUGGCGUUCCUUAUGAUAAAUGACUCAUUAGUACCAAAUAUGCUUAUUCCUUGGUUUACUGGAUCUUUGUAUCCCAAAGGAAAACAUUAUCCAUAUCCAAAGGCAGGUGAAUUGAAUCCAGUAGUCAAGCUGUAUGUUGUCAAUCUAUAUGGCCCAACACAUACAUUGGAACUCAUGCCACCAGACAGUUUUAAAUCAAGAGAAUAUUAUAUAACAAUGGUCAAGUGGGUGAGCAACACUAAGACAGUUGUGCGGUGGCUAAACAGGCCUCAAAAUCUAUCCAUCCUCACAGUGUGUGAAACAACCACUGGUGCCUGUAGUAUGAAGUAUGAAUUUACAUCUGAAGUCUGGCUUUCUAAGCAGAAUGAGGAACCAGUUUUUUCAAAAGAUGGAAAUACAUUUUUUAUGACAGUUCCAGUUAAACAAGGUGGUCGUGGUGAAUUCCACCAUAUUGCUAUGUUUAAUGUUCAGAUCAAAAAUGAACAAUUUAGUAUACGACAUCUGACAUCAGGGAACUGGGAAGUUAUAAAAAUCUUGGCAUAUGAUGAAAAUACCCAAAAGAUUUAUUUUUUAAGUACUGAAAAUUCACCAAGAGGAAGACAAUUACAUAGUGUGUCAACAACUGAAUUGCUGAAUCGUCAAUGCCUCUCAUGCAAUUUUAUGAAAGAUCAUUGUACAUAUUUUAAUGCAAAGUUUAGUCCUUCAAUCAAAUAUUUCAUUCUACAGUGUAAGGGUCCCGGUGUUCCGAUUGUUAGCCUGCACAGCACAGUUAAUCCUGAAAUGUUUUAUAUUUUAGAAAAUAACUCUGUUUUAAAAAAAGCAAUUUCAAUGAGAAAAAUACUACGAACAGAAACUAGAAUGCUUCACAUUGAUGACUAUGAACUUCCUUUACAGUUAACAUUUCCAAAGGAUUUCUCAGAACGAAAUAUGUAUCCACUUCUCCUAAUAGUUGAUGAAGUUCCAGGCAGUCAGUUGGUUACAGAUAAGUUUCACAUCGACUGGGAUUCUGUGCUUGUCAACUCUGAUAAUGUCAUCAUAGCUCAGUUUGAUGGAAGAGGGAGUGGAUUUCAAGGACUCAAGAUUUUGCAAGAGGUUCACCAUUCACUAGGAUCAGUGGAAGUGAAGGACCAGAUAGCAGCCGUAGAAUAUUUGCUGAAGCAAUCAUUUAUUGAUGGCAACAGACUGAGCAUCUUUGGCAAGGGUUAUGGAGGUUACCUUGCAUCAAUGAUUCUGAAGUCCAACGAAAAACUUUUCAAGUGUGGAGCUGUGAUUGCACCAAUUACAGACAUGCGACUGUAUGCAUCUGCCUUUUCAGAAAGAUACCUGGGCAAUCCAUCUAAGGAAGAAAACGCUUACCAAGCAUCCAGCGUAUUUCACAAUAUUCAUGGCUUUAAGGAAGGAAAUUUAUUAAUCACCCAUGGGACAGCGGAUACUAAAGUCCAUUUUCAGCACUCAGCAGAAUUAAUUAAACAUCUAAUAAAAGCCGGAGUGAAUUAUACUAUGCAGAUCUAUCCAGAUGAAGGUCAUUACAUUACAUCAGAGAAGAGCAAAUAUCACCUUUAUAGCACAAUUCUCAACUUUUUUAGUGCUUGUUUAAAGGAAGAAAUACCCAUUUUACCACAGGAAGUAGAAGAUGAUGAAUAA